AUGUCACAACAGCAACCCUUAGAACGGGAAUCUUUCCAAAAAGCAGACUUUCACAAUCAAGACCUCCAAGAAGAUACCGAUAAACAAAGUUCUGAAGGAAAAAACGACGAACUUAAUGAGUCUGAAAUGGAUAAUGUAGUAGUAGUUGAUUCAGAUGCACUCAGUGAUAAAGAAAAUUCGUCAGCGAAGGAAGAUCUGUGUCGUCCAAUGACUUCUAAAAGUUUAAUGACAAAGCCAAUUACUCAUGUGUCCCGCCGAGAUCAUGAGCAACAUCCUAAAAAGAGAGUUGCCUUAACUUCAGAAGCGCCGCGACAACAGCAUUCAUCUCAUCGUGGCCGUAACAACCCGAGCCUGGGCAACGAAGGAGGCACUCACAAACUUCUUCUACGAGCUCACGGAGACGAUCCGUCCAAUCCUUAUAAAACAGUCAAUCGACUCAUUGAACUUGCAAAUCACAUCCUUUUAAAUCGAACAACUGCUGAAGGCCAUCAACAGAUCAUUGAUUUAUUAAAUAAAGAAUGGCUACCUAAAUAUGCAAUUGUACUUUUAAAUAGAGGGUAUCCAGCAGUAACAUCUUCACAAGCAUCUAUGAUUGCUAGCACUAUUUGUCAAUUUCUCAUAAAGGUUCUUGAAAUCGCUAUCCGCCUUAUGGAUGACCCAGAAGCCAUGAAUGUGGGCAGUGAAGAAUUUCCACUCUCAGAAUUAAUGCAAGAUGCUGUUGCUCGUAUAUUGGGCGAUGAUAGUGCAUCGUUUUAUCGUCGAUUUGAUGGUCGGUUUGAUUCUAGGCGCUUAGACGUGGGCGUCAAUCCCGUUAUGAUGGGAAUGGCCGGUGACGUCGAAGAGAUAGUAGAAUAUGAUGAUAAUUCAAGUGACAUUAUAACUAUGGAACAGUUGGAACCCCGUAUAUCACAGUACCAAUUUGAAGCCAUCCAAUCGUUUAUCAACCGAGAUGGUUUAGGCGCUAUUACCCGAGCUCUUGGUUAUGAUGAAGAAGUACGUCAACGAAGAAGCGUCUCGUAUUCCUAUAGCACCCUCGAUUUGAAAGAUGUUCAUGGCUUAGUCAGAAUGAUCCACAAGAUCGGACAUUACGUUCCUAAUAACGUGGAUUUUAGGCAAUUUGUCAUGAGAAUUUCUCAAUGCGUUCAGAAUCAAAUCGUAAACAUUCCUGAAGAAUGGCUUAUUCGGCAAGAAAAGAAAUUAAUUCCUAAUAUCGUACACAUGGUUACCUCCAUGAUUUUGAAUCUACCGUCCUCGGUUACUGGAGUCGUCCGAGAAAUCGAAAGGAACUAUCAAUCGAUGAUAUCGUCGGGUGAGGAAGAUGAUGAGGACAAUGAUUAUUUAUUGUUCCAGGAAGUUCCUGAUGAACAACAAGUUAUUAGAAGUUCAAUAUUGAAAAUUGAUAUCGCUAAUCGAUUAUUGAAAACUUCGAGGCUAGACUUGCGGUUAACCGGGUUGAAUGAAAUUAAAGAGGCCCUCCUCCUUGGUCUUAGACAAGCAAAAAUUCUCAAAAAGAGUAGACGUAGAGGUAACACUCGAAAAAGAAGUUUAAGUAUCGAUGGCGAGGAUGAUGCUGUUCAGAUGGAUGAGGAAAGUCCAUCUGAUAAAAUUCUUCGGAGAUUAAACGAAAAGUUGCGUGAACAUGGAAUUUUGGAAUAUAUUUUUGGAUCGAACGUUCACCUAGAGGUCGUUCAGCGCUGUACUGAUAUUUUAAUGUUUCUUAUACAUACUCGAUCAUUGACCUCACGUGAAUUGGAUAUUAUUUGGGCACCUGUUGAUGGAAAUCAGCAUCGCAGUAUAAUUCAUGGUGUCUGUCAGGUGCUAACUGAGAUAUCAAAUCAUUUAAACCAAGACCAGAGAGAUUAUUUAUUUGAAAAAUUCAUGAAAAUGCCAAUGAGUUUCAUAGAAUCUCAGACAUAUCAAUUAAUACGAACAUUAGUGCAUUCUACUUCUAAUGACGUAAGGCUAAGCGGUGUGCCUGUAUCGUGUAUAUCUUUCGCAGCUCAUCGUAUAUUGUGGCGUAUACUUUGCGAUUCUUCCAUUCCGAUACCUAUUUUAUUUAAUGCCGAAAUAUUGUCACCAACGGUUGCUGGGUCAUCACCUUUAACCACAGCAAUCGAUCAAGAAAUUGCCUCUAGUGCAUGUGCCCUUUUGACUAAUCUGUUACAAGGUGAAACUCACAUUGAUGAUCGAAAUAAAUUACUUAACAUGUGUAUUGAAUGUUUGAAGCGACAUGAUCCCGGCACAAUGUGGGCCUUAAGGAUAUUGACACGAAUUAUAUCACCACCGUUUCCUACACACGGCGUUAGCACUGCGGAUUAUUUACGCUUCUUAAUUACGAAUAUGGAAUUACCACAAUUAUUUUUGAAUGACUUGGAACAUUGGACAAAAACUGUAAAAUCUUACACAGAAAGAGUGGGAAAUUCUAUCAGCAUGGAACUUGACCAUAUGUCUCCAAAUGUUGGGCCUUCAUUGUCAGCUAUAUUAUCUCCAUCGAGAGCUGCCGCAUUGAAAGAUCAGUUAGUUUCUCGAUUACAAUUUUUACAAUGGGUCGCAAAUUACGAAGCAGUUCCUUUUUUUACUUCAACAGUUCAGACUGAUGUUAUUUGGAAAUGUUUGAUUGCUGAUCCAAUCGGCAAGCAAGAACAAGAUGAAGCCUUUUCGUAUUUAGAUAGCAUAACAGAAUACGAACAUUUUACUAGCCAUUUCUUUAGUAAUAAAUUGCCGAAAUUAGAUGUUAAAUAUUUUUCGGAUCAAGCGUUCAAGUAUGCGAAGAAUUGUUUACUUAAAGUUAAUACGAAAAAUUCAAGAUUACGAUCCGCAUCACCAACUGCACAGUUACAGUCACAAAAUCAAUUAAGUAUCCUCGUUCAGGGUGACCUCAUUGGUAUAGAUCUUAUUUGGGACAUCGCUCUUCGUGCAGAAGAGGAAGCAGUUGGCAAAGAAGCAAUUGUCUUUUUAACGGAUAAAAAAUUAGAAAAUUACACUACUUUAUCACGUCAACAUCGUGAAGCGUUAGUUGAUAAAUGUGUUGCGCAUCUUUUUGCCGCUGCAAACGGACUGUCCAAUUCAUCUCUUUUUCCUGCAGAAAAUUAUAGUUUAAAGCAAGGGAUUAAACAAAGUGUGGUGCUAGGAGAUGGCAUGCCUGACGAAACGCAGAUACCAACUACUAACACAACCUCUAACGCUUUGAAAUUUAAGAGAUGUUUACAGGUUUUAAAGUCAUUUAUGGAUUUGUUUGAUACAAAAUAUAGUCAUUCGCAGAUUGAACAAAAACCUAUAAGAAGGCAUGGCAUGCUUAAUGACGGAGAGAUGAUUACCGUCAAAGUCACCAUUAAUAAUGCUAGUGCAACACGGACAUUUGAAAUACAAGUUCAUCUAUCAGAAACCGUCCUUUCUUUACGUCAGAAAGUUGCUUCACGAAUUGGAGCGCCACGACCUGGAAUUAUUCGAUUGUUCUUUUCCGGAAAAGAGUUACAAAUAGAAGAUAACGCUACAACUUUAAAGAAGCUAAAAGUUGUAGAUCGUCAAGUAUUUAUGGCUACCAAACGCCCGUCGGAUGUCAGAAAUGGUCAAGAUAAUGAAAAGGUGGAAAUAUCUUCAGAUGAAGAG